AUGGGUCUCCGAAUCUUGCCCCAUGUCAACAUGCACACAAUCAUCGCCAGCAAUCUCUUCAUGUUCAACAACGACACAGCGUUGCUUAUCAAAAACUCGGCUCACCCGCAACUCUCAAAUCUAUAUGCAAAUAUGGCAAACAUCUCGAAGAACGCUUUCAAAUUCAAUCAAGGACAAUAUAUUGUGAAUAUCGGGUUGAAUGAAGAUGCGCCAAAUCAACGAAUGAUGUUCAAUCAACAGAAUGAGAUUCGUGAGAAUCGGGUUUUCAAUCCGUUUCCCCAUCUACCGCCUCGGUCUACUCCGUAUGCGGCGGUGGUCGUGUCGAGCAGUAACGUUGUCUUGCAUCGAAAUUGCUUCAAAAAACCCGGCAGCCGAGUUUGGAACAACUGGGGAACCCCGUCGGCACCACAAUUUCUUCGGAAAAUCUUUGAUCGGUUCUACCGUUACUCCUUGGCCUCAAUCGAAAUCGAUCCCUACUCAAGUGUUUGCAAUCAACGAUCUCCACAUAUGACUCGAUUGCAAGAGCAUAUACGUCACUUUCAAACAAGCGCUAAACCAUUCAAAAUCGGGGGCACCGUCUACGAAAAUCAUGAUUUGCCACUGGGAAGAUACACUGUCACAGAUGAUCUUCAUAUUACACCAGGCGUCGGUGUCUUAGUUGAGGGUGCCAUGUCGUCGCGAGGGAUUACAACUCGGCUACUUUUGGCUCAAAUCGGCGAGUCGUUUUUCACGGCAGCACCCUUCGAGUUGCAGCUGCCUGACAAAGUGAGAUUGAUUGAUGGAGAUGGUGAUCAGACGCCGGAGGGACGAUUAGAGGUUUUCGUGGACGGUGAAUGGGGCACGGUUUGCAAUCGUUCGUGGACAGCUCAUCACGCGCUCACCAAUUGGCGAAUCUUCCCGUCGGCUGGCGAUCUGCCAAUGCUGAUGGACAAUAUUCGAUGCGAGGAGAAUGAGGUCGAUAUCACUCGUUGUCGUUUCGACGGUCAGCGACAUAAUGUUGGAGCCGGGUGUCGAAAGAGUGAGCCGGUCUCUUUGACUUCCACGCACCACAAUUCGCGGCCGCUUUUGCAAGUCAGUUGGAAUUAUCACACGUUCAACAAUUUGGAGAUCAGCAAUAAUUUCUGGAAUGGUAUCGACGUCGUUUACAAUGAUUUGAUGAAAAAGCCGACGAUUCGAAACGCGUGGUUGGACCCGAACGAGCAACCGGAUCAAGAGGCGAACAACAUCUUUGCUAUUCCUUCAUCGCAAAUUGAUCGUUUGGAAGUGAUGGCGUCGAGUCAAGAGCAGCGGAAAUUCCUGUUCCCGUACCAACAGUAUGAUUGUCCGUUAGUGACUUAUGAGGUGCGUACUCGAGAUUAUGUUGUCUGCGUCUGGUUUUUUGAGUACGGCUUGAGCGCUCGUUUACCUAAUUCGAUCGUGAAUCCAGCAAGCAACGCAGUGACGAAGCCCGCUGAUCACUGGUCCGAUCACGAACAAAGUCCGAAAGAACCAAAUCGAGUUCCCCAAUCACUUCGCGCGGGGAAUCAAAUGCGUUUACGGUAUACGCGGAGUCACGGAAUGCCGAAUAAAUGGUGCUUCUCAUAUAUCUUUCCCUCGAUUGUGAGU